AAAUUGUUUGAAAUAGCUUCUUGUACAGGUUUGCAUUCGCGAUAAAAAGUAUGUAGGUACUUAGUAGGUACUCGUACGAUGAUUGUGCUUCCGAGGAUAUUUUUCUGCGCGUUGAUCGUCAUAAAAGUAACUAGUGCUUAUGAAGAGCGGGGCAGAAAAACAGAAAAUAAAUGCAAAGAAUACGUGAAGUAUGCUUGUGACAAUCAACCCCCUUUGACUACUAGUGAAAUAAUUUCUUCUCCUAAUACAGACCGCAUAAAACAUGGAAAAGUAGUGCCUUUUGGAGUAUUUCCUCACAUGGCUGCGAUAUAUUUGUUCAAUAAAUUUAAUAAUGGAACCGACGGUUUGGGUCAAUGUAGCGGUACACUGAUUAGUGAAAAUUUCGUAUUGAGCGCUGCUCAUUGUGCACAUGACUCAACUCCUUUUCAAGGCAUUUUAGGAACAGUUAAAUUGGGGAGUACGAUGAAAUUCGAUGACGGCGCUGGAAUAUGGUACAAUGUUAUUGAAAUGCACAGACAUCCUAAUCAUACAUUUGAACCGAAGCUCUGGAAUGAUAUACUUCUCCUGAGACUUGACCGGGAAGUACAAUUUUCACCUUAUAUAAGGCCAAUAUGUUUAAGAACGAAGCCACUUAACGGCCUAAGCAACGCUAUUGUAUCAGGGUGGGGCAAGGAUGAAAGUGGAAACAUUUCUAAUAUUCUCCAGAGUACUCAAUUAUACAUUGACAAUGAAGUAGUUAAGUCAAAAUGCAACGAAGCGUUGGAGGAAGGCAUUUUCAAUAGCACGACUGUGAUAUGUGCUGGAGAUCCCAACCAAACAACAGGAACUGACGAGGGUGAUUCUGGGGGACCAAUGCAGAUUUCUUUGGAUACCGGAUGUCCGAAUACUUACGAGCAAAUUGGUAUAGUUGCUGGAUCUGCUACUUUUGAAGAUGAGCAUCCUCCUAUCAAAAUCCAUUUAUUUACCAACAUUGAACAGUAUAUUCCGUGGAUUGAAAGCAAUGUUUGGCCAGAUUAAUGGUUGUCAUUAUUAUUUAUUUUUCAAUUAACUGAUUUCGUACGAGAUAGUAUGCUUACCUUAUUUAGAUUUACGUAAGAUUAUGCACAGAAAAUUAUUACUGUAAGCCUAUGUGUAUGUACAUAUAAUUCAACUAUUCUUUAUUCUAAGAAUUCUCGAGGUUUCCAUGCAAUACAACUUUUCAACAGAUCGCAUUA